GCGAUCGUCUACAACUCCGCGCACGUGGACUUAGUCGACUUCCGCUGCCUCCAGGAGCCCUACCCUUCUGACCCAAAGAAGGUCAUAGCGGUGGCGUGCUUCAAGCUGCAGGGCGGCGGCGAGGCUUCGACCAAACAGCUGCGGAUAGUCACCACGCACCUGCCCGGGAUGCCCUACGGCCCUGCGUGUCGGGAGUUCAGCGAUGCCCUGAGCUCGGAGAUCAAGGCGGACUGCGGAAGGAUCCCGACCCUCCUCAUGGGCGACCUCAACUUCCCGGAGGAGGUGAUCAGACCACUUCUGAAGCAUUUCGGGCGGCUGGAGGAUGUGCAUUUCGCUGCGAUUCCUUAUCCGACCAAUGUCUCGCAGGCAUCGCUGCUUCCGAAGAGGAUUGACUGUAUUGCAUCUUUAUCUCCCAACGAUGUGCUGGAGGUUGCAGCGCUGGGAGCGGAUGAGGUCCUGCAGGGGCUUCAACCGCAAGUGGACCUGCUGCGGUUCAGGCCGGCAGCUGUCCUCUGA